AUGUCCAACGCAAAUAUGGCGACAGAGCAACUAUUAGAGCUCCUUCUGACCCUUAAAAAAACUACCCCCACAGCAGCACGCGGGAUCUUGAACAGUCAACCCGCCAUCGCAUAUGCACUCAUAAGUCUCAUGGUGAGCAUGAACGCGAUAGACGUGGAGGUUUUCAAGAAAACACUCGCGGAAUUCGGUUCAAGUGUUGCCCAAGCUGCUCCGAUGGGUGCUACACCUGUAGCACCCCUUCCUGUGCCCCAAACGCCAGCGUCGGCAAUACCGCCGCACAUGCAGCAGCAGCAGCCUCAUUCACGGACGGCUACACCUCCAUCGGCCGUGCCACCAGUAAUGCCUCCCCAACAACAACAAAGUUACGCCUAUGCGAAUGGCCAGCAAUACUACGGCGCUCCGGCCCCCCAGCAACCCUACGGAUAUCAAGGCUACCCGUAUCAUCAAGCACAGGCGGCUUAUCCUGGGUAUCCUCCAACGUACGGGGCACCUCAACCCCCUCCGCAGGCUCCACAAACAUCGGUUUUGCCAGAGGCCCUUGCGGCUAUUCCGGAUGACCAGAAGGCACUUAUCAUGCGGGUUCUUUCGAUGACACCUGAACAAAUCAACAUGCUGCCUCCGGCCGAACGAACAACAUAUAUACAAAUUGUUCGAGGACUGCACUCGGUGUACCAACAGGGUAGAUUGUCAAACGUUCAUCAAGUCACUACUACGUUCCACAGGCUGGCUACUUGUCGUCACUCUCGGCAGUUUCGCAUGCGUAUGUAUUACUAUAUCCUUGUAUCAUUAUCUUUCCUAGGAAACAACAAUGUGUUUCUUAUGCGUAUAUUUCGGUUCCUACCCACUCUACCUCGACUUGAGCCAGAUCAGAACGAAUAUCUUCAACCGCGUUCCGCUCUGCUUUGA